CUCAUUACUUUUGCUUACUUACUUGGCACUCUUUAAUUAAUUUUCUUUCCUUUUUCACAUUGGAAAACACACAGAAGACAUCGGAAGAUAGAAAAAAAAAAAAGGGAAAAUACAAAAUACAAAGAUCCGAAAAUUUUCCUCUCAAGAAAAAAAUAUCUCCUCUCUUAAGCAAGAAGAGUCUCUCUCUAUGGGCAGCAAGAAAUAAAUACACAAACUAACAAAUAGUGUGAAAAGGAAGCAAAUUUACUUACAUUUGGGAAAUCCAUUUUUAGCAUUUAAAUUUCCCCACUGGAUCUGUUCCAACCAGCGAUCUCUUUGUGGAAAAAAAUUGAAUCUUUUUUUUUUUUUUUUUCUUCUAUCUAUCUACCUCUCUGUUCUUCUUCCCUUGUGGUGUCAUUUCUUACCCAGAAAAAAAAAAAAAAAGCAUAACAAAAGUUUGUUUCUUUCGAUGAUCGUAACACUUCAUCUGUGAUUUUUUGUUCAUCGUGAUCAUCGUCUUACAUGCGACCCAUGUCAGACACUCAGCUUGUUCAAAGCUCUCUUGUCUCGAUUCGAUCUUCCGACUUUAAUAUCGAAGAUGCCUUUAAGAAGAUGAAAGUAAAUGAUGAUGGCGUGGCCGAAUCGAAUCCGUAUCCGGAUCGUCCCGGUGAAAAAGAUUGCCAAUUUUAUUUAAGAACUGGUCUGUGUGGCUAUGGAAGCAGUUGCCGUUACAAUCAUCCUACCAAUCUUCCACAGGGUAAUAAUGCUUAUUACAAGGAGGCGCUCCCGGAGAGAAUUGGACAGCCCGAUUGUGAGUAUUUUCUGAAGACAGGAGCUUGUAAGUACGGUUCAACUUGUAAAUAUCAUCACCCAAAGGACAGGAAUGGUGCAGAACCUGUAUUGUUCAAUGUUAUUGGUUUACCAAUGCGUCAGGGUGAGAAGCCAUGUCCAUAUUACCUGCGAACGGGAACUUGCAGAUUCGGAGUUGCUUGCAGAUUCCACCAUCCUCAACCUGAUAAUGGACAUUCUACUGCAUAUGGAAUGCCUAGCUUACCUUCUACAGGUUUACAAUAUGCUAGUGGAUUAACAAUGAUGUCUACAUAUGGAACUUUGCCUCGUCCACAAGUUCCUCAGUCCUAUGUUCCAAUCAUGAUAUCACCCUCUCAAGGCCUUUUCCCUCCCCAAGGCUGGGGCACUUACAUGGCUGCACCUAACCCCAUGUAUAAUGUGAAGAACCAACCUUAUUACUCUGGUUCUAGUGCAUCUGUGCCCGUGGCUAUGGCAUUGAACCGUGGUUUGCCUGAAAGUUCUGAUCGACCAGAAUGUAGGUUUUUUAUGAACACCGGGACAUGUAAAUACGGAGACGAUUGCAAAUACAAUCACCCCGGAGUAAGGAUUUCACCACCACCACCAAGUCUUAUAAACCCUUUUGUUCUUCCAGCGAGACCUGGACAACCAGCUUGUGGCAACUUCAGGUCCUAUGGAUUCUGCAAGUUCGGACCAAAUUGCAAAUUCGACCACCCGGUGCUGCCAUAUCCCGGCUUGACCAUGUCUUCGUCUCUGGCUACUCCAUAUGCUUCACCUGUCUUAACCCAUCACAGGAUCUCACCACCGCCAAGCCGCUCUGAUUCAAAGUCUCUCUCUAAUGGUAAACCGGACUAUGAUUCUGAACAAUUGAAUAACUCAGAAGUACAUGAUUUGUCUGAGAAGUCGUCAUCAACAUAAGCAUGAUUCAUCAUGAUCACAGCAUUGCUCAUCAGCGAUAUGGCUGAACCACCCCCAUUCAGGCUUCUUAAGAUCUCAGUGAUCUCUCUUUCUCUCUGUUAAUUUUUUUUUUUUUUUGUGGAAGAGAAAGGGUGGCGAAAAGUGUUUCUCUUUUUUUUUUCAUUUAUUUUGGCUUCUUUUUCUUUGGAGAUGAUGGCCAUGGCUCUGAAAACAAUAUAGGAUGUUAAAACUCUUCUGUUUUUGACUCUGUUAAUAUAUUUUACAUCGGAGAAAAUAGACCCACAAGUCACACCGA